CGGCCUCCCUGAUUCCCCUGAUCCCAACACGCUCGCGGCGGAGAAGAGCACAUCAGUCGUCGACGGAGCAUCGCUAACCAAGCGAAGCUAGGAGGAGGAAGCCAUGGGUGAAGAGGGGGAGCUGGCCGCGGAGAAGCACGUCCGCUACAUCGUCACCGCGGAGAAGGUAAGCAACCACCCACCCAACGCAUACCCCCUCUCGGAUGCGAACCGUCUCCGGCGACAACUCAACCGUCCUCCUCGCCGUUUGCCGCAGAAGAAGGACUCGUUCGAGUCGCUGGUGAUGGAGCACCUCCGGGCCAGCGGGGCCUACUGGGGCCUCACCACGCUCGACCUCCUCCACAAGCUUCACGCCGUGGACGCCGCCGAGGUCGUCGACUGGAUCAUGUCGUGCUACCACCCGGAAUCUGGUGGGUUCGGGGGGAACGUGGGGCACGACCCGCAUGUCCUCUACACGCUCAGCGCCGUGCAGGUCCUCUGCCUCUUCGAUCGGCUCGAUGUUCUUGAUGCAGACAAAAUUGCUGAUUAUAUUACUGGACUUCAAAAUGAGGAUGGAUCAUUUUCUGGUGAUAUUUGGGGUGAAGUUGAUACUAGGUUCUCUUAUAUUUCCAUAUGCACCUUGUCAUUACUGCAUCGUCUGCACAAAAUUAAUGUGGACAAGGCUGUAGAAUAUAUUGUUAGCUGUAAGAACUUGGACGGCGGGUUUGGAGCGAUGCCAGGAGGGGAGUCUCAUGCUGGGCAGAUAUUCUGUUGUGUUGGUGCUCUCGCAAUCACCGGCUCUUUGCAUCACAUUGAUAGAGAUCUCCUUGGAUGGUGGCUUUGUGAGCGCCAGUGUAGAGAUGGAGGGCUCAAUGGGCGUCCUGAGAAACUUGCUGAUGUGUGCUACUCAUGGUGGGUGUUAUCAAGCUUGAUAAUUAUUGAUAGAGUGCACUGGAUUGACAAGGAAAAACUUGCAAAGUUCAUAUUGAACUGUCAGGACAAGGAAAAUGGUGGAAUUUCAGAUAGACCAGAUAAUGCGGUCGAUAUCUACCACACGUACUUUGGAGUUGCAGGGCUCUCAUUGAUGGAGUAUCCUGGAGUGAAGCCUAUGGAUCCUGCCUACGCCCUCCCUUUAGAUGUUGUCAACAGGAUCUUCUUGACAAAACAACAAUAGUGUGCCUUAGCUAGGAAGAUCAUGUUGUAACGGCGUUGAUGUCAGGUCAGCACGAGUGGAGAGCUUACCCCUCCUUCGGUAGCUCGCGCUGAUGUUUCUGAUCACUCCCAUGCAUGAGAUCAUGGCUUUGAACGCUCGAUGAUAUAGUGCAGACCUCAUAUUUACCAGGAAAUCCGGACACUUGUUAUGUAGAAGAGUGUAACGUCCAAGGACUGAGAAUCAAAUUCAAUCAAGAUUAUUCUUGUUGGAAUAGUAUAAUCUUUCAAAAUUACCUUGGUUGGCCGACCAA